AAAGCGGGGAGGAGGAACAGCAAUGUCCUGUCAGGCUGUGCAGCCCUGGGAGCUGUGUGAUGCAUGGGAACAUCCAUUCCCAUGUGUGUCACAGGCCGGCAGGGAACGCCGGCGCAGGGCUGUGUUGUGCUGCUGGGUCAGUUGCUUGGGCAAAGGAGGAGGAAAAAACCAGCCCAAGCAAAACAAAGAGCAAACACAGGCAGGAAGCAGCAGCUCCGCGGGGCCGAGGUUUCCAAGGCUACUGCGAGGCUCUGGGCAGCUUGGAGCAGGGCUGCCUUUGGGUUGAUUUUGUGUGAUUUCUAGUGUGUAACUUGGGGAAGGGGUUCUGUGCUCAGCUGCGUGUGUUGGAUGGGGAUUGCUGAAGGAGGAGUUGUUUUGAGUGCAAGGUGAAGGGGCUGGAUGAUGAGAGCCUUCCUAAGGAGCUCAGAGGGCUGUUUUCAGCUGAAAGCACACACCACAACCAUCGGCCGGCACGAAGGGUCCGACAUCGUCCUGCAGUCUGCAGGUGUAGCCCAGCAUCACGCAGCCCUGGAAUUCACUGCCUCGGACAACAGUUUCUGCCUUCAGGACCUCAACUCCCCCCAUGGCACCUUCAUCAACGGCUGCCAGGUCCAAAAUGCAGCAGUGAGAGUGAGCCCGGGCGAUGUCCUGUGCUUCGGCAAGGGGGGAGCAGCCUUUGAGCUGGUGGUGGAUGGGGCUGCCCAGGUGUCUGAUCUCCCCAAGAAGCAUCGCACAGGGUGGACUGGGCAGGUCCAGGCAGUUGCAGAGCCCAGAGCCUCGACUCCUGCAUCUCCUGCCCAGCUCCCCUUGCUGCAGUGGCAGCAUCCCCCUGGCUCUCCAGGCAGAUGGGCUCCCGGAGCUACCAGCCCUGUGUCCCAUCCACUGCUGUGGAAGCGACCCAGGAGCGCCUGGGCUCGGAGCGUGGCCACCACCGUCUCGCUGGAUGCUUUCAGCAGGACCUCAGCAGUGAGGCCAGGUACUCCCUGAUGCAACCAUGGUGGUUUAUAGCCUGGUGUCCUCUCUGAGCAGCUUAAUAUUGAGUGGAGUUGAUGUGAGUGGUGGCAGCUGUGGUCUGAGCAUUGUCAGCUACUGGGUGUGAGCCCUUGUCCAGUGGAGAUCCAUGAUGUGGUGCUCGGUGGCAUUUGGGUUGGUAAAGCAACGAGCUGUGAGAUGCAAAGGGGAAUGCCGUUGCCCCUGCAGCUGAAAGGGACUUUUCCUCUUCCUUUUUCCUCGUGUGUGAUGACUAACUCUCUCUGCACUGGUGAUUCAUGCACCUAUUUCCGUCUCCUGAUUAAAGUGGUGUUUUUGUCUACUUUGAAGCACAGUUUCUGGCUGUCUUGAGUGCUGGAGCUUUAAACGAGGUCUGUAGUUGAUAUGCUUCUGAAAAUCAUAUAUGAAAUGGUGAUGGAGCAGAGGCAGGGAGUGGGUGAAGAGUGCAGCUGGAGAGCAAGGCUCUUGCUGCACAUGGAGUUUGUUACGGCUUCAUACAGAGUCCAGUGGUUUUCCUGGUUUAGGGUUGAGUCUUUUGAAGAGUCAUAAGUAAUACAAGAAAUGUGCUAGAAACCUGGAGAGGGGCUUGGGACGAGGGCCUGUAGGGACAGGCCAAGGGGAAUGGCUUGAACCUGC